GAGCUCUCCUCUGGGCGCCUCCCGUCCCGUUUCGUUUUCCCUCGUCACCCUCUAGACCACCCAGCGCAACUCUGUCGACCUCCACGGCCCUGAGAAAGUGUCCGGCGCAGGCAGAGUUGGACCGGCCCCGGCUUCAUGCCUCUCACGGGCUCUCCUUUCGGGCAUCGCGGGCCAGACGAGAAACUAAAUCUCCAGGAAGUUAAGUGACUUUCCCAAGACCCGCGGAGCUGGGAUGCAAGCCUGGAUCUGCCUGACUGUCUGCCACAUCAUGCUGCCUUCCAAGACACUGCGUAGCAUCUCUCAGGUCCCUUGAGAACACCAUGGAUGGCUGUGAGGGCACAGAGGGAGCUCCCAUUGGGCUGUACAAUGACCAUGGAACGUUCCUAUAAGUGGAACCGGGACAGUCUGUGAAGGUCUUUAGACGCAGCUGUGGGGCUCUGCCUUCUACCCCGUUCUGACCAAUAUAUGCCAAGGACACGGAAGAAGAUGUAAAGAGUGCAGACCUGUAGCAGUGGGAGCUGCUGCAACAGGGGAAACAGUCAGAGAAAAGGCUCAAAUUGCAUGAUCAGGAUCCAGAAAGCUCUCCAUAGGCUGGAGUGACAAGAGCCCUUCUGGAGUUUGACCCUUGGAUUCCAUCCAGAACAGCCCUCCAGAACGACACCUUUGAAGGUGGGAAAGCAAGCUGCAGAUGUUCUGAACUUUUGUUGGCGCGUUGGAUCUUGAGCUGGGGGAUGUAAAAGGAGGAGCAGAAGGAGAAGAAAGAUGAUGAGAGACAUCAGCCAGCACUGAGGAGUGGGCAUUCUACCUGGCGAGAUGGAAUAAGACGUUGACCGCCGUGAGUGAGCCAAGCCCUAGCUGUUGGCUUCUGAUGAAUAUGGGUGGUUUGGGGAAGGGUGUGGGGUGUGGAUGGGUUUGGCUUGAUAAUCAGGAUGGGCUUCCUGGAGGUGGAGGUCUCUGGAAGUUGAAUAGAGGUGAAGGAAUGUCCUCACUGCAGCGUAAGCAAAAGCAGAAAAGGUCUGAGUCUGGCUUGGGUGUGGGGAGGUAAGUUCGAGCAGGGUAGUGAUGAUUGUGGUGAGCGUAUAUCUGUUGGAGUUGGGGCAGGAAGGAAUCAGGCUGGAGAGUGUAUUGCAAAGAAAGAGCCCUGGGCUGGGAGGCAGGUGUCUAGUUCUUGUCCUGACUCUGCUACUGACAUGCUGUGUGAUCUUGGGCAAAUCUCUUUCCCUCUCUGGGCAUUAGAUUUUCUGUCCGUAAAAUGGUGGAAUUGGACUAGAGGAUCCUGAAGGGUCCUUGCAUGGUCCUAUAAAGAGAGAAGAUGACUAGAGAAUCCAGAAGGCUUGGGCUGUCAAGACUUGGCACUAGAAUCAUGAAAUGUUAGUGCUAAAAGGGCUCCCAGGAAUCAUCUACUAAAUCAUGUUACUUUAUGUCUUAAAGGACAAGUGGGAGUUUUCAAGGUGAAGGGAAGGUAGGUGGAGGGGGAAAAGAGGGCAUUCCAGGCUGGGGGUACAGCAUGAGCACAGGCAUGGAUGGAAGCAAAAGAGGGUGGGCAGAGGACACCAAGAGGUUCAGUGUGGUUGAAGAAUAAAGACCAACAUGAUGCAGAGGCAGAGGUAAGUGAUCAAACAGGAGAGGGAGAUGGGGCCAGACCUUGGAGAACCAAGGGGCUUUGAUCCCGUCUUCUGGGUAAUGGGGAGCCAUUGAAGGGAUGGAAGGGACAUGCUAAGGGGGGCAAUUCUGAAAGAUCACUUUGACAAGUGUGAGGAUGAUGGAUUUGGCAGGGGCUGAGAAUGGGCACAGGCCAGGGAUGAGUGCUGUAAGACCAGUUAGGAGGCGGCUGUGUUGGCUCCGUGAGAGAUGGUGAGGGUCUGAGCCAAGAGGGCAGAGUGAGUGUGAUGGGGACAGUGUUUGUUGCAGAGGUACAAGGGAGUAGGGUAGAGAGCACUUGCCGAUUGAUUGGGUGUGGAGUGAGGAAGAGGGAGAGUCAGGGACUCCAGAUUUCCAGCUUGUUGAUACUCACUGAGACGGGAAACACCGGAGGAGGGAUAGCAUCUUGGGAAGGAGGAUGAAUUUGGUUUUGGACUUGGUGAGUUUGAGGCAUCCAUGGAACAUGCAAGGAAUGGCUUUUUCAUUCCCUCCCUCACUUGUUUAUUCACUUAUUCAUAUUGAGCAUCUCCUAUGUACCAGGUAGAUGCUGCCUUCCUGGAGCUGUCAGUCUAGAGGAGCAUUCAGAGAGUUCUUCCUUAUGCUGCAACUCCAUCUGCGGAACUUUUACCCACUGUUCCUCUUCUGCCCUUUAGGACCUCGUAGGAGCCUACCCUCCUCCAGAGAGUAGAGAUCGGUGACUAUAGUUCCCUGCAUCACCUCUGGUUCAGGGAAUCUGGAGCUGUGGAGAGAAUGUGGACUUUAGAAAAUCGUACAGAAAUAAAUUUUAGGCUGAGCAUCUUUUUGUAUGGUCUCAUCUGUUAAGCGGGUCUCAUAAAACCUCUUUCCCAGGCAGUGAUGUGUUGGAGUGGGUUCCUACUGGCUUGUAGAACUGAUUGAGGACGUCCCUUCCCAACUCUGUGUUCAGUGACAUCCCGCUGGCAGCUCAAAGCUGACCACGGAGGGGAUAUUUACACCACAGAAAUCGACAAAUACUACAAAUCAGGGCUCUUUCUUUUCUUCCGGAUCUUGGUUGAUAAUUACUUAACCAGCAUACUGCUGCUUACAGAGUUAUGGGUACGGUGAUGGGUGCUGAGCCCCAGGCACAUGCUUGGCACACAGUAGGUGUCAUAAGUGUGAUUACCUUCUCCUUUGACAUUUCCUUUGUUUAGGAAAUUCUACUGUUUCCCUUGCUGGGGAUGACAACUCCCCUUCAGCCAGAGCCUUCUCCCUCUUCACAGACAAGGUGGUUCUGAUGGAAGCUGCCAUCUUCUUACUCCCCUUGGAUCACAGAGGGGUGGAGUCAAAAGGAUGAGGAUUUUGGAGUCUUAUGGAUCUAGGUUUGGAUCUUGGCUCUGCAUCCUGCUAGCUAUGUAAUAACCCUGGGCAAGUUAUUUAAUGGCUCUGAGCCUCAAUUAAGUCACCUGUAAACUGAGGAUGGACAUGCCUCCCUCAUUAAGUUGUUGUGAAGAUGAGAUGAGGUCAUGGGUGUGUGGGUGAGCAAGGACCUGGCACUGAGACGGCAGUUUCACCAGUGCUGGUCUCCUUCCCCUGAAGAGUCCAGUGUGGACUUGGGUACCAGCUCUGACCAGGGGAGGUGGGGGGAAGGAGAAACUGGGGCCGCGUCCUUGGGAAAGAUGUUUUCUGGUGGAACAUGUAGGCCAGGAGAGGCUGUGGGCUGUAGGACCUUCCAAAUGUAUUCCGAGUGCAGUGGAGGGGAACUCCCCGGGGCCGCGGUUCACGCUUGCCAGGCCCUCACCUGCAGAUCUGCAGAUAAACUCCUCUCAUCAGCUCGGAUCGUAGGUUUCUGGGGCGGCUGUGGCAGUCAGGGCUGCACUGAUUUACCACCCAGCCCCGAGCAGAUUAAAUCACCCAGAGUCAUUUGAAUUUUACCCGGCCUUGUCACACAAAUCUUAGAAACUGCUGUCUGGCAGGAAACUUUCUCUGUACUUCUUGCAGGAAGUCUCAGAGCUCUGGAAAUUCAGGUGAAUGGGAAGAAGGAGGUAGUGCCUGGGGGGCUUCUGCAUCUUCAGGUCAGGUUUGAGUUGGGGAGUGAAGGAAAUGUGGGGUGUGUGUGUGCGCGAGCGUGUGUGUGUGCAUGUGUGAGAGAGAGUGAGAGCAAAAGAGAACUUGCUGUAGAGGCCUCUGGGGGCAAUGUCAUCUCUGGCUGUGUGAUGUAGGGCAAGUCACUUAACCUCCCUGAAACCCAGAGGAUUAUUGUGAAGAUCAAAAGAACUAGGUUGUAUAAAGCAUUUUGUAGGCUUUAGUGAGUUCUGUCACUUCUAACUGGGAAAAAUAGACAAAUGACUAUAUAAAUAAAUUAAAUAUGGCUGUGGUUACCAUGUAUUGAGGAGAGAGUGAGGGCCCUGGAAGCUAAAACGGAGGGGGAACAAUAUCAGAGUUCUGGGGCUUGACUUGAGUCUUAAAGGAGGACUAAGUCCCAGGAAAGUGAAGUGGAAAGGGCUGUAGUGCAUUCAAGAUCAUCAACACCCCAUCCACCUCCAACAGUGUGCAUGUCUGGAGCUGGGUCCUGGUUGGUUUAGCUGGUCAAGAUAAGCCACUCCCUCCCCAACCUAGGCACAUUGGCUGGCUGUAAACCAAUCAGUACACACAUUCCUCCAGUCAUAGGGAUUGGUUUUGGUUGGCUCAAUCAAGCAGAAGCUCAAAACUUUUGCUAGAUGGCUGGAAAAGACAUCUAAUUUCUUUUAAUCUGGAUUCAAAUGAGUAAGGAUGUAGUCCUAGUUCCUGGUAGGCCUUUGGUGACUAGGAACACAACCUGAGACUCCUGUUGACAUAGAGAGGUGGAAAGAGCCUGGAAAAUCACAGAAAAAUGGCAUGCCAGCCUUGAUCAAACUAAGCCUGAAGCCUGUGGCAUCUGGACUAUUCAGUUAAGUGCUAACAAAUACACUUUUUAAACCAGUUUGGAUUUCCUUUUUAUAUUUAUUGCAACUAAGAGCUGAUACAGGGGCUGAUGGAGGGAACUGAGCUGGGAGUGAGAACCAGCUUGGUAUUAGGCAGCGGUUAAUGAGGAGAACGUUUAGGCUGGAGUAAAGUGUGGGCAGUGGUAUGUGAUGGGCGGGGGUGGUAGGGGGCUAUAGGAAAUAAGGCUGAAAGGAAGUUUGCAAUUGAAUGAUGGAAGGACUUAGAUGCAAGUUUAAGAAUUUGAACUUGAUUCUGUUGGCAAUAAGGAAUAACUGAAGAUUUGCAAGCAGUGGAGGGGGAGGCAUAGAGUGAUGUGAACAUGGUGGUAUCUUGGGAAGAUAAACGUAAGAGUGGAAUAUAAGUUGUAUUGGAAGGAGAAGCGGGGGCCUGAGACUUGAAAAAAUAUUAUCAUUUACUGAUAUUGCACAUAGUGUUUGUAUUAUCUCACUUAAUCCUUAUAACAACAGCUCUGUUUUUUUCCUUUUAAAUGGCAUUUCAAAGAUCUUGAGGAGUAAUGCCAUUUGAUCGUAUAGAUAACUAAAUGAUAGUGAGGACUUGAACACUGGUCAUCUGACUUCAAACCCUGUCCCCUUAUUCCUCACGUUUGUGAUAGCACAGGUGACUAAUACCGACCAGGCCAGGAGAGUGGUCAAGGGGCUGCAAAAGAUGGAGCAAGAGACGUUAGGCUGAUGAAACCCUAAAUAUAUUCUUAUUAGAUCCAGAAACUAAACCACGAUAGUUGUUAUCCAUAUCUUAAAAAACGCUUUUCCUAAAGUGCUAGACGUUGUAAUUAGACAAGAAGAUGAAAUAGUCAAUAUUGAGGGAGGAGAAAAAAAUAGUCAUAGUUGACAGAUUCAAUGAUUAUCUGGAAAAUCCAAGCCACUUUCCUAGAAGAAAUUAGAAAAAAUAAAGAAUUUAGUAAAAUAACCUGUUACAAAACAAUAUAUACAGAAACUGAUAGCUUUUCUGGUUAUAAAAUGACCCUCUAGAAGGUCAGAUAAAAGGCCUCAUUGACAGUGUCAAGAAGAAAACAAUCACAAAAGUAGCUGGAAAUAAACUUUACGAGAAACGUAUAGAAUUUACAUGAAGAAACCCACAAAACUCUUCUGAGGGAUACAAAAGGGGCCUGAAUAAAUACAACAUGUGCUUAGUUCUUGGACGAAAAGAUUUAAUACUAUGAGGCCAAUUCUCCUUAAGUGAAUGUACAAAAUUAAAAUAGGUCGAUCAAGACCCUAACAGGAUUUUAAAAAAUUUGACAAAAAUGAUUAUAAAGCUAAUCUGGAAGAAUAAAAAAUGAAUGUAGUCAGAAAAAUUCUGAAAAAGAAAAAUGAUAAAUAUUUACUCUAUCAGAUACUAAAACGUUUUAUAAAGGCCAUUAAUGAAAAUUUCUUCUGUAAGAACCACAGAUCAUUGGGACAGAACAGAGUCCAGAAAUGGAUCCAAGUAUUUAAGGGAAUUUUAUGUCUGCUAAUGUUUCAAUGGAGUUGGGAAAAUAUGGGCUAUUUUAUAAAUGGUGUUGGGAAAAUGGGCCAGCAAUUUAUGACACAAGCUAGUUUUCUACCUCAGUCCAAUGAGAUCAAGUCAUGAAGACCACAGAAGUACAAAUAUGAAUGAAUAUUUUGGUCAUUUUAAGAUGGGGAAGGUCCUUCUAAGCAUGACGUGAUAUCCAGAAAUCAUAAAAGAAAAUAUUGACAAAUUAGGAUAUAGAAAAUUAAAACUUUAAGUACCUCAAAGAUCAUUAGAAGAAAGGUAAAAACAAAAACAAAAACAAAAGGAAAGAAAAGAAAAGAAAAGGGAAAACAUCUGCCUUAGACAAAAGUUUAAUCUGACCUCAGAAAAAAAAAAUUCAAUCUGAUCUCAAAUAUACAAAGCACUCUUACAACUCACUAAGAGAUAAAUAUCUCAUUAGAAAAAUGAGUAAAGGACAGGAACAGGCAAUUCACAAAGAAAAUGAUAACAAAUGAUUGAAAAACGUAAAAAGAUUGUCAUUUACUCACAUGGGUAACGUAAGUGAUGUCAAAAAAAAAGAGUGUUACUUGCCUUCUGAUUUGGCCAAAUGUUAAAACCCUGGGCUGGCAAGGCUGUGGACAGACAGAUGCUUGAGCACUGUUGUUGGAAAGUCAUUGUAAGUUUUCUAAAGGGCAGAGUGGCACAAUUAGAAAUAGCCUACCCUUAUCACAGCAACCUCAUUUGUGGGAUGUUCUUCUUAGAAGAUAAUUGCGGAAAGGAGCAAAGAGUUAGGCACACGGCUAUUUCUCAUGACAUUGUUUAUGAGAGUAAAAUCUUGACAACAUUCUAAACCAUCAAUAGAGACCCAGCUAAAUAAAGUGCGCUACAUACAUGCAGUGGAAUACUAUGAAGUAAUUACAAUAAUUUUGUAGAGCUCUAUUUAUUGACAUAGAAAGAUGUCUGGGACAUAUUGUUGAGAGAGAAAAGCAGGUGUCAGCGAGAACAGUAUGUAUAAUACAAUCCCUCGUCUAUAAAAUUAUAUACAUAGAUCUCUGUGCGUAUAUAUGCAUAGGGAUAUGUCUGAAAGCCUGUUCACCAAAAUGCUUGGAGUGGUUAUAUCUGGGAGGGAGGAUUUUGAGAGAUUUUUAAACUUUCUUUUUCAUACUUUAAAGUGUGGGUUUGAUUUUUUCUUUUUAAUAAUGAGGAUAUAACCUGCUUUUCCAUCAGAACACAUAAUAAAGCUAUUUUCAGUUUGGAAAUUAGGUAAAUAUUAAACAAGAGGAAUCAGCACGUGUGAUUUCAUGGCUGUGGAGAAGGACUCAAGACGCAAGCUCAAAGUGUGAUCCUGGAGCCUGGAAGGUCAGGCGGGGAGGGAAGCCCAGGGCAGGAGCUGAUUCUGGAGGGAGGAGGAGGCACUGGGUUCUCAGGGCUUUGGCUCAUGGCAGUGGCUGGUGGGCUAGGAGGCUGCAGAGGCGAAGGGGGUUGUCUCUUCCCCAAGGACAGAACUGUAGAUGAGAUCUUGGAGCGAGGGAGCGUGUGCAUCUGAGAAGAAGAAAGGGCUGAAAAUCAGGCCCUGGAACAUGGCCAUGUUGGUGAGUCGGGAGAAGAGACAGGAUGAGUCAUCAGGAAGGGGCUACCAGGGGCACAGAGUGCCUCCGAAUUCCAUGGGGGCAGGAGUGAAUUUCCAGAGAAAGGUCAACCAUAUCUAAGACUGCAACGGCACUGACAUCAAGGAGAGGGCACAGGGCUUGACAGAUAGGAGUUUGGUGAGCUUAGAAAGAGCCGCUUUGGUGGGAGAAUGGGGCCAUACAUGGUGUGUGUGGGACCGGAGGAGAGUUUGUGGUGGGAGGAAGGAGGGUGAUGGCUUGGGAGAACAGACUCGAGGGACAGGGACAGAGCCUUGAUCAGGGAUGGCGAUAAACAGCACGUGUGCCUCCUGCCCGUCCCCCAGCACCGGCAGGCAUCACUAAUCAUUCUGCUGAGCCCAGAUGAAGCCUCAGACUCUUUCUCCCAACAUCCAGGCCAGGGAGCCACUAGCAAUCGAUUGGAGUUGGCCAAGGAAAUGAACCUCUUUUUCGUGCCUGGGCUUGAACACAUACUUGGAAAGUGAUGAGAUGGCAGGCAGACAUGGUGGGGUGAUUCAAGGUGCUGGAGAGAGGAGGCCUGAGGCAGCCAGGGCCUCCAGUGCAGGUGUGGACUACGGCUUCAGCCCAGGGAUACUUCCGGGUCCGGAGCCCAGGGUGGUCGGAGUGCUCUGUCUGUGAGGCCGGGGUGACCAGCUGCUAGAACACAUUUAUGCUCUGGGUGAUGCUGUGAAGAAGCCCGACUGUGUGUGAAUUACUGGUUGGUGCACAGAUAUUUGGGAGCCCACCGUGGCCCACCAUCUGGCUGUCCAGGGAAGGUCUAGCAGGGACCCCACUGUCUGGAACACCUGGCAUAGAGGGGGCCUGCCUGUGGGUCCCAGCUGUGAGGCUGGAGGACAGGAUGAGGAGUUGGGCUUCCAUUGUGGCUUACUGGGAGGACUUUUAGGGAAGACAUUCGGUGUGAUUCAGCUGCUGUGCCUCCAGUGGUGUUUUGAUGGCUCCGAUGGGAGCACUCGGUCCUAGAUUUAAGAGGUAAAGGCUCUCCUGGACUCUCGGUGGCCAGGGCUUGCCUGCAGCAGAAGAGGAACGCAGCCACAUGGGCAGAGCUCACUUAUAGGAAAUGCCCAGGAUUGGUUGGGGGGAACCCAGGCUUUACGCUUGAUCUAGGAGAAAUGCGAUGCUUGAGGGAGCUCAAGCCAAGGAAUUGGACGUUUGCUGUUAACCUGCAGAAGCAAUUGUUUCCUAAAACGUGCUCCUUGGAAUUCUAGUUUCCUGAGGUUGUUCCACAGAAAAGAGUUCUGUGAGCAAAUAUGUUCACGAAAUGCAGCACCCCUGCCCAGGGCCUGUGAGCACGGUAAAGGCUCUGAGAAGUCCUGCACUGAAGGAAUUUUAAGGUAGAUUUCUCCCAGACUCGAUCGAUCACAGAAACGUCUUCAACUUAACACCAAUUUACCCGCUGCAGGACUAGUGGCUGCCCUGGGGCUGUGGGAGUGACAUGUCCUGUGUGGUCCCAGGGACGGUGUUUGGGCCAAUGCGAGGACAUUGCAAAGAGGCCAAUUUUGGCUCCGUUCAAGGAAGAAGUUGGCAACAACCGCAGAUGUUUUAACCAUGGAAGAGGCAGUGGAGGAAUUCCAGUCUCCAGAGGCCUCAAGCAGAGUGUGGACCUGUCAGGGAUGCUGCGGAAGACAGCCAGGCUCCAGUGGGUGUCAUCAUUGAUUUCUGGGGUUCCAUGAGCCCGGGGAAGGGGCCCUUCUGCUACCCAGAGGUGAGACUGCUCCCUUGGAGCCUGUCGCCUGGCUCAUAUUGCUGUGUACCCAGCUGAAGAAUACUUGGGACACUUGAAAUGAACAGUCUGUGAAGGUAAGAUGUGAACACAUAAAUAUCCUCAUUAAGCCCCAAAUACACAUCCCAAACUUUACAAAACAGGAGCGGCAGCUGGAGACGCCCACAGCCCUAAUUGCUUUUCUGUACUAAGAGAACAUCCUCUCUCCAGCACUGCUUCUUCCAUUCAUUUAGGUAAUUACUGGAGGGAGCCAGCUGCGGCAGACUGGCGGGCAGAGGCGGGUUUGUAACACCCCUGAGUGAGCACCCCCAAAAGGAUGGGCUGGGAUGCCGCGGGGAGCAGGGCAUGAGGAUGGGAGGUCGUCCGCUCAGCACCUGUCCUGAUCCCAGUGGGCCCAGACUGAGCGGCCGGUACAGGAUGCGUCAUCUCCCAGGGACCCGACAAGCAUGACUCAGGGCAGCGGGAAGGAGCCAGGGCCAGGGCCAGGUGUGGGGAUGGGAAUGGACGGCAGAAAACAGCUAAUCAUCAACUAAUUGCUCCAGUGCCUUCUCUGAAUCUCUUGCUGAGCUGGGACACUGAGGCAGAUGGGUCCACCUCCAUGCUGCCCUCAGAGCUCACAGCCCUGGGGAGGAAACACGGGCAGGAAAGGGUUGGUAUUAAGGCAAGCUUUCAGAAUUGAGGGUACUGAGGAUGGAGAGAUGGAUUCUGUCCUGGGGAAAGGGAUCAGAGAAGAUUUCUUGGAAAAAGAGACAGCAGUUUUGGGCCUUAGAAGGGAGUGUGACCCAGGGAGGGCAGAGUCACCUGCUGUUGGCGUGUUUCCUUCUGCAAAAUGGGGUCAAAGUUACUGUGGACUUCUGGGCCCCAAGCUCACAUCCAAUUUGACCCCUUGCCUCCUGGUCUCUAGUAACCAUCCAGGACUCAUGAGGACCCUCUUGAGAUUUCUUUUAGGGAGUCUCAAGCAUGGAGUUCUCAGCUGGGAGCCAACAGGGAUGCUGCCAUGGGGACCCGGGUCCAGGGUGGUCAGUCAGAGUGGACACCCUGGAUCAGUGGGGUUCGAGCCUCUCCUCAGAGGGGCCCCAGGGAGGGCUGUGGCCCAGGCGCUCUGCCCACCAGGCUUCCUGUGGGUGGCAAGCGAAACUUUUCUUCCUGGUUCUCUCCCAGCUGCCAGCUUCAUUCCCCCAGCCCCAAGUGGCGGCUCCUUGGGCCGGAAACAAUGUGCUUUCUCCACGCCUGGGAGUGGAAGUCAGCAGUUUGGCACCGUCUGGCUGGCAGCCUCCACCGGCUUCCUUUGGCACUUUAUUGGCAAAGGCGGUGACAUUUCUUUCAGUUGGGUGGGUGGAGCUGUUAUGCAAACUCCCGCUCUCCUCAUUCGCCAGAUGAAUAUUCAUGACUCAGGCAAUCUGUACCAGCCAGACUUCCCUGAGGGCGGCUGCUUUUCUUCUCUUCCCCUCUCUUUUUCUCUCUCCUUCUCUCCUUCCCAGCUCUUUGGAAAGCUGGAGUGCAGCUAUAUUUAAUUUACAAAUACGGAGUUCUUGAGCUUGCCUUUUGAGGUGCAGGCUUGAGGGGAGGAGGUGCUGGGAGUGGGAGCAGUGGUUGAGGAAUUGGGUCCCUGACCUUGGGCCUCGGGGUCCAGCACCUGGGCCCCAGCUCCUGGGAUGCUCCUGGGUCCGGGGCUUCCCUCUUGGGACCCUCAUGCUGUCAGGGGCAGCAGCCUGUUUUACCUCAUUCCACACUGGCCCCCAAGGUCAACACAGACAUUCCGAGGCACUGAUUGAGGCUUUUCUGCUCAUUGCACGGGCCGGGCCCCACCAGUGCAUCACUGCCCCCUGCCCCCUGCCUCCUGUGCUCUCCUGUUUAUCAAGGCACACCCGGACCCCGCUCCAAGCCCCAGACCAAAGCCCGGAAGGCAGUGGGGCGUUUGCUCAUCACAGCUUUCCUAGAGGGAGUGGGUGCCGACUCAGGUCCAAUUCCCUGGGGACACAUCUGCUCCCUUACUGAGAAGGAUGGCUACCUGGCUUCCUUUGUCUCUUCCUCAAGAGGCCCCAGAAACUCUGGCAAAGGGGUCAGAAUUUCCAGUAUUUGCCAGGGAAUCUGGCCUCAGCAAGGAUAUGCUCGUGUACGGCUUGUGUGUGUGUGUGUGUGUGUGUGUCAAUAUUUACGCACAGCUUAAGUGAGUCUGUAUGCCUACAUCUAUGUGCAAGUGUUUGAGUGUGUGUCUGUAUGUGUAAGGGCGUGAAUGUGUGUGUGGCGGGAAGUCUGGGAAUGUGUACAUGUGUGAAUGUGCCUCUCCUGUUAGAGCUGCGUGUGUAUCUCUGUGGGUCUGGGAGAGUUGUGGGUGAUGGAGCUCUUGGAGGGGCUGAGGCUUGUGCGUGUGUGUACACACAUGUAUGCGUGACUGGUAGGUGUGCAUGUGUGUACGUGUGCCUCUGAGAGCCUGGGGGAGAGAGAGAGUUCGUGUUAGGAGGCAAUUCCCCCAACCUCCCAUUCCCUCCCAAACCUUUUCGUCUCCAUCGAGGUGGAGGGGGACGCGAGGUGGAGGGGGACGUCCCCCGCCACCCCCCUCAGCAAGUGUUACAGAUUCUAUCCAAGGACGGGAACAGAAGGCUUCCCAGCACAGAGCGUCCUGAAAUUACUUUAUAUUCCCCCUCUCCUUGUCUCAUCUAAUCAAAAUAGCAGCAUUAGGCUCCCCCAUUCUCCUUGCCCACCACUCAGCCCUGGGGAGGGAGCGAGGUGGGCCAUCCUGUCUGACCCCCUUGGUAAGCACCUUGUAGCCCCAAGCCAAAGAGCUGUCUUCCAAAUCUCCUUCGUUCCUCGGCCCCUGCUUCGGUGGCAAGAGCCAGCUGCCUCCCUGCCUGCCAGCAACUGCCAAGCUCUUCCAGACCCACAUCCAGGCCCGGCCUCAUUUACAAAUAUGCAAAUUUGCAUCUUUUCUGGUAUGCAAAUGGAGACAAGACAAAUAGCUAAUUAGGGUCAAAGGAAGCACUCUGAACCAAUUCGUUGUAGGGUCGAUGACUUUCUGCUGGGAGGAGACUGGGUCCUCCUGCUGCCUCCCCACCCUAUCCCGCCCUGGCCCUGGCUUCCCCUGGCCCCCACACUCUGGCCUGUCCUGUCUGGCUUGGGCUGUGGACAUUCAAAGAGCAUUAAAACAGAAGAUGCUUGAACACCAGUCCUACCUCUGACUCUUAGCUGUGGACUCACUUGGCCCAAGCCUCAGUCUCUUGCUCUGUGAAAUGGAGCCAAGAUAGUGCCUGUCUUGUCUCUAAUCCUCCAGCCCAGAGUAGCGAGUCUCAGGAGAAUCUGGAUAUAAAGAGCCUUUGGAAACUGUGCUGAAACUCCUCGGAUAGGCAUGCCACUUGUGCUCCUUCAAAGCACUUUCUGCCAUUGAUUUCAUUUAUCUUCAGAUCCACCCUCUGAGUUUGAAGAAUUAGAUGUAGUGACAGGACGGCAGUAGGUUUCAUCCUGGGUACCAGCUCUGGCCAGUUAUGAGUGGCUGCCUGGAGUGGUGUCAAGUCCAAGCCUGGAGUCACCAAAAGAGAGACUACGAUCAAUGAGUGAUGUCUGCUGUGAGCAAGUAUUUGGACGUUGGUGGCUCAUGGGCUGUGUAUUUAUUGACCACAAAAGCUGCGGAAUUUACAGCAGGAACCAGGGUUCCGGUGCUGCAUGCUCCCUUAAGUGAGUUACCCUUCCAGAGCUCAGCUUCCUGGUAUGAAACAGGGAAAAUAACACCUUUUCCUUGAGGUUAUUGUAAAGAUGAAACAGAGGAAGGUUAGGCAAAAUCCUUUUGUCAUCUGGGAGGUGAUGGGUUUUUAAUUGACGUCAGAGGAAUAGGCAUAUUGUCCCAUUUCAGAGGUGAGGAGCCUGAGGCCUGCCAAGGGCAGAUGACCCGGAAAAGAAGAAGCUGGCAGCCUUGCCAGACAGGCCUGCACGGCGGCUGGGGCUGCCCCUCCCUCUGCCACUACAGGCUCCUGGCUCCCUCCCACCACCCCCGCGCUGAUGCCCCAAGCGGGCCAGCCUUAACAGGUCCCACUGGCCUCGCUCCACUUCUGGGUGUGAAAUUUGGCUGAGUUGGCACCUGGGAGAAUGGGGCAGUUGCCAUCCCGGAGCCUGAAGCCUGGACCAAGGCCAAUGGGAGGAUGAAGGGAUAGUGGGAGAGCCUGAGCGCUGGCAGCUGGCAGGAGCCGGGCAGGAGGGGACCUGGCUUGAGGACAGCCGGCU